AUGUCUGACCGGGAGUUUGAUGACUUCGACGGGGACAGUCUGUCCGACACGUCCUGGAUGAUCCCCCGGCUCCCGCCCUACAACAUGGAGGACCAGCUUCUGCCCAUGGAGCGCCGCAGCACCUGUGGCUGCUGGGCCUGGACUUUCCUAGUGGUGGCUAUGAACUCUUUGGUCUUCCUCUUGAACUUCCUCCUCCUCGCCGCCAUCUUCUCCGUGGUCCUCCUGCCCACCAUCGUGGUGGUCUACUUCGGCUUCCAGUGCCACUCUCGGGUGCUCCAUUCCACGGCCUAUUACUGCAAGACCAUCCUGGACGACAACAGCUCCUCCGCCCUGAUCAUCCUUGGCUUCGUCAUCAUGUCUCCCCUCAUCGUCGUGGCCAUGGCCGUCUACUGCAGCCUGGCACGGCGCCUCCGCCUCUUCAUGUGUUUCCAGCCUUGCACCCGGGCCAUCUACAAGGGGGUGAGAUGGCAGUGGUACGAGGAGGGGGGCAUCCGUGGCUGUGCCAAGGCGUGGAAUGCGCAAGUCAAGGCCUGGGUUUAA